CAGUUAAUAAUUUGUGGCUGUCCACUUAAUAUAAGUAAUUGCAGUAUGGAAGGCAUUGAAAAUGAUACCAGUAAUCCUUUGAUUCUAAUGUGUGACUGUAUGAAAGCAUAUGAAGGAAAUUAUUGUGAGGAUGAUUUUGAUGGUUGUACUGAAGUAUCAUGCUUCAAUGAUGCUACAUGUACUGAUGUACCAGCACCUGGAACUGGUGCCACUUGCCCACCUUGUCCUAGUGGAUACACUGGAGAUGGAAUUGUUUGUAAUAAUGAACGUGGGGAAGUGUUUCUUCCAUUCCUUUAUCCAUCAAAUUAUAGUGUGUUUACUGAUGUUGUUGAUGGUUCUGCUAAUGUUGCACUACCAGCUACACUUCAGUUUGGAGGCAUUUCCUAUAACAUAGCUUAUAUUAGCAGCCAUGGAUUGAUCAGCUUUGGCAGUGUUUAUAAUGCCUAUAUUCCAAGGAACUUCCCUCUUGAUAAUAAUUUAGCUGUUGUGGCUCCAUAUUGGGAUGACAGUAUUUUGUCAGGAUCGAGACAGUUACGCUAUCAAAUUGUGUCUGGAUCAUCUUCUCUUAUCUCUCAAGUCAAUACCUUUUUAUCCAGUUUUAUAGAGGAUAACUUUGAAGCUGAUUGGUUGCUGUGGGCUUACUGGCAUGAUGUAUGUUCUUAUGAUGAUUCUAUCUGUUCGGAGCAUGAGUCAAACUUUUUUCAAGUGACUAUAGCAGUACAAGGAAGCGUAACAUAUUCAAUAUUUACAUAUCAGUGUAAUCUCAUCAGAUGGACUCUUUAUAAUGCUGCUGUUGGUUACAGUGUAAAUGGUACCUUUUUUGAAAACCACCAAUUGUCAAGGAAUAGGAGUGUAGUUAAUAUUGAUUGUAAAGGAGCUGUAUCUAACUGGACUAAUGUUGUUUACAGAAUUGAUGAUCUUUCCACUACUGCUAAUACUCCGCCAGUCAUUGAAGCUAGUGAAAAUUUUAUGAUAGCAGUAGGAGAAACAGCAUUAUACACACUACGUAUCACAGACCCUGGAGACUCUAUCAGUGUUACUAUUGAAUUUGAUGGAGAGCUUCCAUACACAUUUAAUCAAGAUGGAUCAAUAUGGACACUUAAUGUAACACUGUCUUCUUUAGUGGAGUUCAAUUUUACUGUGAUAGCUACUGACUCAUUCAACGCAACAUCAACUAUAACUCCACAA